CUGAAAACAAGAGACCAAAUAGUAAAACAAAAGACUCCCCCAUUGCUUAGAAAAAAAAGUAAAUAGAAUAAUUUUUAAAAAUAAAAUUAGGACUGUUAUGGUGCAACAAAAUGUAUUAGCACACCUCUGAGAGGAAGGGGAAGUUUGAGAGAAACACUUUCAACAGAAGACGAACUUGACUGCUUUGAAGUCUCCAGCAGCUGUUUCCAGUGUUAACAGCAUGAUCUGGCUGUCCCAGCUUCUCACGCUUGUCUUCUGCCUUGGCCCAGGGAACACAAUUGCUGAAACCCCAUUGAAAGGAGUGUUAGGGGAAUCGGUAACUCUUCCCCUGGAGUUUCCUGCAGAAGAUGAGAUCCAGUCCAUCAUCUGGCAUCAUAAUGGAUUAUCUAUCAUCUUCAUACAGCCAAAACAAGCACUAAUCUUGUUUACUGAUCCAAAAUGGAAAGAACAACUGAACGUCACCCAGUCCUACUCCUUGCAGAUCAAAAACCUGACAAUGGCAAACACAGGACUUUAUAGCGCCCAGAUAACCACAAUGGCCUCUUCAAAGAUUUUCAAUUACACUCUGAGGAUUUUCAGACGACUGAGGAACUUACACGUUGCCAAUUAUACGCAACUCUCUGAGAAUGACACCUGUGAGAUCCACCUGACCUGCUCUGUGGAGAAUCCAAAUGACCAUGUCUCAUUGAGGUGGCAGGUCUCAGGAAACAUACUUCUAGAGGAAGCAAACCUCACAAUCUCCUGGGACCCUAAGACUUCCAGUGAACAGACCUAUUUCUGCAUAGCUGAGAAUCCUGUCAGCAAUUUAUCCUUCUCUUUUUCUGUCCAAAGUCUCUGCAGAGGUGUUUUUAAUGAGAAAAAGCAACACCUGAAAAACAUAUGGAUUCCAAUAAUAAUAGUAUUUGUUUUUAUCGCUAUCGCUGUGUGCUGGUGCUUAAUUGUUCGAAGGAGAAAACGUACAGGUUUUCUUUCUUCCUACUUGCCUCGUCUACAAGAUUUCAGAGACUUAGAGUCUAGGGCUUUAGGUUCCUCAAGUUUCUCUACUCAGCAAACCCAGAGUCCAGCAGAGACCCCGAGGAACACAGAGUGUGAUCUAUCCUCUCCAGGGAACACUGUGUAUGCUCAGAUCACUCAUCCAAACAUGAGAAUGGGAAGCCCAACAAAUAUGAAAAACAAUGAUCCUGCUACAAUUUACUCCACAAUUUAUCAACCCAAACAGAGCAACUGCACUUGACAAUCUAAGUUGCUGCAAGGUCUCAAAGGACUUUAAGAAGGAUGCAUCUUCUCUCCUGAUGCCAUGGGAGAGAACAGAGCUUGGUGUCUGCCUGAUAACAGAAUUUGAAUAUCUAGGAUUAUCACUUCCAGUCUUUCAGACUUGAACCUGCUUACCCAGGUCAAACAUUUAAGGAAUAACAUCAUUUGCAGCCUGUGACCCAAAUAACAUUUUCUAAUCUACUUCAGGCCAAAACAUGCUUCUGGGUAUUGACUUUCUCUUUGGUAACUAAGCAAAUGGAAUUAUGGUUGACAGAGAGACUAUAAUUCAGAAGACAACCAUGUCUAUCCUUUUAGAAAGCAGCAGAAUUAUGACUAAUUGGGAAAGAGUACAAUGUGUUGGUUACAUGUGUUGUCUCUAGUGUUGGGUGGACCCAUGCUCAAAUCCACAUACUUCAUUUCCUAGACAUAUAUCCUGGAACAUGUUACCUAGGUUCUUGAAGCUUUGGUCUCCUAAAAUGAAAAAGGAGGAUGGUAAUACAUCAACCUCAUUACUCAAACCAGGCACCUGAGUUAUCCUUGACUUCAGCUUCUCUACCACCAGGUCCUUUGGACUCUACCUCCAAAUAUAUCCACUUCUCUCCAAAUCUUCAACCACCAUCUUAUAUCCAACCACCACCAUCUCUAACCUGGAAUAUACCAUAAACUUUAAACAACUCUCCCCAACUUUUGCUCUUGUCUUCAUCCACUCCAUUCUCCACAAGACAGCCAAAGCAAUAUUUUUUAAUAUAAAUCAGAUCUUUCACUUGUCUGCUUAAAACCCUGCAAAAUUUCUCCAUGUACUCAGAAUGAAACUGAGUUACCAUGGCCCUGGAUAUUCUGGCCCAUCUCCAGUCUCAGCCAUGAUCACUCACCCACCACUGUAUCUACUUAGCCUCCCUGAUCUUCUUUUGGCUCCCCUAUUAGAGAAAGGGGUUCUCUAUGUUAGGAUUAUUCACAUCUGCCUCAAGGCCUGGUUCCAUCUUAUUCUUUAAGUCUUGGCUUACAUAUGCCAAGUUCUAACAGAGACCUUUAUAGACCACUCUAUCUGAAGUGAACCCCCUCCCCCAAUUAUUGUGUCACACCUGCCAUGUCAUUUAUCACAUGUCACUAAAUAUUUAUUUUUAUUUGUUUAAUGUGAAUUUCUCCUACUAUACUAUAAUCCCUCUAGGAGCAGGGACCAUAGUGAUUUUAGUUAUCACUGUAUCCUUAGCACCUAAACAAUA